GCUGGAGAUACUUAUAAAUAUGUUAAUUUUUUAAUACUAUUAAUGUGUAAGUAAAAACAUUUCUGGUUAAAUAAUCAUUAAGUAUUGAUAUUUUAAACAAUACCAUAUUGGAUAAUCAUUUAAAAUGCUUUAAUUUGUGUCGCACGAAAUCGUAAUCCAAUCGUAAUUUCAGUAUGAUUAAAACUUUUGUAUAACUCGCUUGCUAUUCAAUCUGCUUGGUUUUUUAACGAUCGUUUAUAACCAAAAACUUUUUAAUUAUGUCGACUCUGUUAACAGAGAAAGAGGUUUCAAAUUUGCUGGAUUCGUGCAUUAAAGCAAAAGAAAAUUCGUAUUCACCUUAUAGCAAAUUUCGAGUUGGUGCAGCUCUUUACACUACUUGUGGAAAAACUUUUACCGGUUGCAACGUUGAAAAUGUAAGUUACGGCUUGGCAAUAUGUGCUGAACGAACAGCUUACGUCAAAGCAGUUAGCGAAGGCUAUACUUCUUUUAAAGCCUGUGCUGUUUCAACAGAUGUCAAAGAUUCUUUCACUUAUCCUUGUGGUGCUUGCCGUCAAUUUAUGUCGGAGUUUGGCGAUGUUGAAGUAUUUUUAACAAAUGAUGACAAAAAUCACACAAUAACUACACUAAAAAAGCUUUUGCCUUUUCAAUUUUCUGCAGAGGAAUUAAAAAAUGGUAGCUCUAUGUAAACUAAAAUAUUUGGCAUUUAUGUAAACUCUAUAUAGAAAAUAAUGGAGUGCAUUUAGCUCAAUAUUAA